AUGUGUUUUUAUAAUCAAAAAAGAUAUGCCUGUGGCGAUUGUGCUUGGGCUAAUUUCGCACAUCGGUGCAAGUACGAGUUCAGAACUGGGGAAACUUGCGGAAUGAAGUUGGUGAAUACAACUAAGUAUAUGACGAGUCAAUGCAGACUAUGCGAAAAAAUCGAAACCAAAUUUCGGCGGCGCCAGCAAGAA